CGCACCUUGAGACGGGUUUGCAGUGCGCAUUCCGGGUUCAAUUGUUUUCGAUUUGGUUUUAGUAAAAAAAAGUUUUUUUAACCCUUUAACAGUACACGGAUUUAAGUAUCCGUUGGUAGAGUAAUAAGUAAAACUUCGUGGAAUCCAUCGCCGAAGUCAUUAAAAGAUUGAGUUUUAUUUUUCUACGCCGUUUCAAAAUAUAAAUACAGGUUAAAAAAUUCAGUUUUUAAUAACUGUGCUGAAACUUUACACCCUGUUCAUUAUUGCCGCGGAUUAAGUUUCCUUGGAGAUGUCGUGACUAUUUUCUUCUGCCUUCUCGGAAAUUUAAAUGAGAGAAGGCUGGUACCAUGAAACAUUUCGUCAACGGUCGAUAAACGGUCAGUCAACAUGCAAACGAUAUGGAAUAGGGUGUUAACGUUGAUUGUGGUACAGGGCGCCUUUCAAGAGCUGAAGUUGUAUGGAUCGCCAUCGCAAGCUGAAGUGCAGUGCGUCAACACUUUUGAGGAUAUGGGUAAAGGCAGCGGCAGCGACGAGAUUGACAUUGACAAUGACAAUUUCUUGGUGGAUCAAGAAGAAGGUGAUGCUGAAGGAGGAUCAGGUCGCUAUGGAACCAUGCCGCCAUUCCCACCGCCACCACCAGGCCUCGAUGGAUAUCCUCUUCGGUUGAGAGGAGAAAAGGGAGAACGAGGACCAAGAGGACCACCGGGCGAGUCAAUCAGAGGACCACCAGGCCCACCGGGGCCUCCGGGACCCGCUGGCCUACCAGGCGUGUCUGCUAUUACUGAAAUAUCCGGCUCUGGAGACGAUAAGAACUACGUAAAGCAAAUAUUCGGAGAGAACUACGCAUCGUUGGGCCAGUGUGGCUGCAACUCCAGCACCAUUCUGUCCCUUCUGCAGACGGCUCCGGAGCUCCAGGGGCCCCCGGGUCCACCUGGCUUGAUGGGGGCUGAUGGGAGGACCGGACCUCCGGGGAUAGCGGGUCAACCUGGAAUGCCUGGUGAAAGGGGGCCUGGUGGCCCAAGGGGAGAGAAGGGAGAACGAGGUGAUUCGGGCCCACGAGGGCCUGAAGGCCUACUGGGGCCUAAAGGGGAAGCAGGGGUAGACGGUAGGCCUGGCAACCCCGGGCCUCCCGGACCUCCAGGGCCACCAGGCUCUUCAGAGUAUAGUAACUUUGAUGAAUCAAUCAUGGGUUCCUAUGGAGGAGCCAUCGGGAGGCCUGGUGCUCCGGGCCCUAAAGGAGACGCAGGCCAACCUGGACCUAUGGGUCCAACUGGAGAAAGAGGCUUUCCAGGUCAAAAGGGAGACAGGGGACCGGCAGGUCUACAUGGACCUAAAGGAGAUCGUGGUCAUCCUGGUCCGCAAGGUGAUCGAGGAUUGAAAGGUGAUCAAGGAAGUCCAGGCUUAGAUGGUCGACCUGGCAUACCUGGAGCUAAUGGAAGACCUGCUGAGAAAGGAGAGAAAGGUGAACAGGGGAUGCCAGGACCUCCAGGCCCACCGGCCUUGGCCUCAGGGGCUUACAGCUCAGAUAACCCAGAGUUCUUAUCAACGGGACACAUGACUGUAUCUGGGUCUAAAGGUGACAAAGGAGAAAAGGGUGAAAAAGGCAGUCGAGGUAACGACGGGCCACAGGGUUUCCCAGGCAAGGAUGGGAAGCCUGGUGAUCGAGGAGAUAUAGGCCCAUCAGGCAUGCCUGGUAUAGAAGGACCUGCAGGUGCACCAGGUCUAAAGGGAGAGAGGGGAGAAAGAGGACCCCCUGGGCCCAUAAGUAUUACAUCACCUGGAUCGGACAUUAUAACUAUCAAGGGUGAUAAAGGAGACGCGGGCGUUAGAGGACGCCGUGGUCGUCCAGGGCCUCCAGGCUCUCGUGGCUUACAAGGCCUUCAAGGAUUACCAGGUCCUCCUGGUAGGCCUGGUGAAAAAGGUGACAUCGGCAUUCCUGGUUGGAUGAACUCAAAGGGAAGGCCUGGCACUCUAGGACCCCCAGGUAACCCAGGACCAGCAGGUCCUAAAGGGGAGAAGGGGGACCCAGGCGUUAACAUUUUGGAUGUUUCUAUGUUCAAAGGUGAAAAAGGAGACCGAGGAUUUGACGGACUCCCCGGUGUACCAGGGUCUCAAGGUCCCCCUGGUCCUCCCGGUCCUACAAGCUCUCUGUCAGACCCAGUCCGAUACAUACCUGGCCCUCCAGGACCACCAGGCCCGCCAGGUCCACCAGGCCCUGCUGGAGCACCAGGCGCAACAGUAGUAGGACCUAAGGGAGAACCCGGAUCGAACUACCAUGAGGAAUACCCGGUGCAUGGAAACACCAAACUUUAUGGGCGGCCAGUGAUGAAAAGUGCUCUCGAUGAGUUAAAGGCUUUGAGAGAGUUAAAAGAUCUUAAAGAUAAAGAAAAGGAUAGAGGAUCGUACGCGCAUACAAGCUACAACCCCAAUACACAUUCCGAUGACUCCAACACGGGCAGGAAUCAAAAUAAUAUACCAGGAGCUGCUGUGUUCCAAACUACGGAAGAAAUGCUAAAGUUGGCAUCAUCUAGCCCAGUGGGAUCUUUGGCGUACGUGGUGGAAGAACAAGCGUUGCUCGUGAAAGUCAACUCUGGCUGGCAAUACGUAUCGCUGGGGUCUCUAGUGACCCACCAAGCACCAGCCGUGCCGACGCCUCCGCAGGCCACUCCACCCAUGCCUGCAGCAAGCCUGGUCCAUGUACCACCAAUUUCUAACUUGGUGGACAACUCUCCAGGAGCUAAUGGACCUAGUCUUCGAUUAGCAGCACUCAACGAGCCCCUCUCAGGCAACAUGCACGGGGUACGAAGAGCAAACUACGCAUGUUACAGACAAGCGAAACGUGCCGGCUUGAGAGGCACCUUCACCGCUUUCCUGACUAGCAGGAUCCAAAACCUAGACACAAUAGUGCGGUACGCAGACAGACAUCUGCCGAUUGUGAACACCCAGGGCGAUAUGCUGUUCAAGUCUUACUCUGACAUCUUCGAUGGCAAUGGAGGCAUCAUGGCGGCUUCUCCAAGAAUAUACAGCUUCAAUGGGAAAAAUAUUAUGACGGACUCGCAUUGGCCCCAAAAGAUAAUAUGGCACGGGUCCCAUGCGAGUGGUGAGCGGGCCUUGGAUACUUUCUGCGAUGAGUGGCAGUCAGACGACCCGAACCGAAGAGGCAUGGCCGCCUCGUUGUACUCUCACAAACUGCUUUCACAGGAAAGAUACACGUGUAACAACGAGUUCGCAGUUUUGUGUAUAGAAGCUACAUCAACGCUUAAUUUCCGCAAAAAACGUGAUAUAUCUAGCGUGAACGCGACGGGAACAUUGGACGACGAAGACUACCUUUACAACGCAGAAGAGUAUCAACAGCUACUUAAUGAGAUAUUUGCUCAACCGUUCAGAGAGAACUAAUCAAAUUGUGCCAUCGCACAAAGCGAUCAAUUUUCAACCCAAUCACAAUGAACUUGAGUUCAUUAUUCAAGCACUGGCUUCGUAGUUACACGAGCCAAGUUUUGCAACGAAAGACAAUUAUUUUUUAUUAAAUGAGAUUAUUCAAGUUAUGCUUGGUGUUCAAGAGAGAUUCCUAUUAAAUAAGCUAGUAAGCUUAAGCCAUUGAAAGUUACUAUAAACUUAUGUAUGAUGAUGUGUUUGUACGCGAGUUUUUAUCUAAUGGUCGUGGUAGAGUUGUAAAUAAUUUAUUGAAUCUUAUUCAUUGAAUAUACCCAAUGAUACGUAGAUAAUGUGUCUUUUUAUCUGACUGUACUUUGUAAUACGAUAAAAAUGUAAAACAUAAAUGCGAAUAAUCAUAUAAAAAUCUAUUUAUGUCCGAUACCAUGUUUGUGCAAUAUGAAGUAGAUGCAAUAAUAAAUAAAUGUUCAUAAUAUUUACGCAAAUUAAGACACUAAAGUCAUUCUAGUGAAUUUUAUUAGUGUGUUAUUAUUUACAAUUGUAUGUAUAAUGUAAGUGAUACAAAUUUAAGUUAUACUUAAGAGCUUAGUUUGGAGGUUGUAAAUAUUAUUUUAGAUAAUUUUAUUAAUAAUAAUAUAAAUAAUUGCAGGACUGUCUUUCUCAUCCACCGUUUUUAAACAAACUUCUGAUAUUCUCAAAUCAUACAAUACAUACUACCUUUCAUAAUUUCUAAAAUGUAAAAUUGUAUUUUAAUUCGAUCAAAUUAUUGGUAGCAUACCUUAAUUAUGGUACUUGUCUCAAACUCUCGUGUAUGAGUAAUAUAAUUAUUAAAUUAUAUUUACUUGCCCUCUUAUGGAAAUAAUAAUUUUCAAAUUCAAAUUAAAAUGCAAACUUUCAUAACUAAAUCAUUAAAAAAACUGUUCAUUUACCUGACAUUUCUAAACUGUAGUAACUAGACAUAUUAACUACAAUUCUAAAAUUGAUGAGUCAUAAAGUUACCAUUAAAAAACUUCAGCAAUUCAUUGUAUUGAUUUUAAGUUUUAAGUCAGCAAAAUGCAAGUAUUUGUUAUUAAAAUAAGAUAAAAACUUGGCCCUAAUACUACACACACUAUAUUGUAGAGGCAGUAUUUACACGUGUUUUUGCUUUUACACACGCAGAUAGAAUUAUGACAGAGAAGUACUUACAUUCAAGUUUUUAAGAAAAAAGUAUUAUGCAAAAUUGUAACCAAACUAAAAAAUUACACGACAGAUAAGGGAAGUAAAAUAAAAAUAUUUAUUAAGUAAAAAUUUACAAUGCAAAGGGGAAUUAGAUUUUUUUUUAUGCUAGACAAGGCAGGUAUUUGACCGCAAUCGCACCUGGUGAUAAGUGAGAUGCAGUCUAGAAUUAGAAUACUUUUAAUUAUGGUUCAACCCCGUAUGCCUUUUCCAGGUUAUGACUAUGUUUGUUAAGUCUGCCCUGACAUGUUAUUGCCAAAAUUCCAUGGAAAUGUUUCAUGUUUAUUGAAAAACUUUUUUUUGAAUACAGAUGUAGAUUUCUGAGUACAUUUUGCCAAA